UUGAAUUACUGUUUUAGCAAGCAAUAGAGCGCUAGAGCCGGGGGCACCGCAGCAACAUCUGGGCGCGUCGCCUCUCCGCAUCGACGCAUUGAGUCCGUCUUCUGAUCAACAUCUACUUCACUUUUGUGUCGGGUUCUGUCCGCCUACGUCCGUGCACAAUGGAAUCGCAUGAAUUACUGCACAUUGCCAACUUCACCACGUUAUUCGUCUGUAUGGUGCUGAAAUUCCCGCAGAUUUUCCUAUUGAUGCGGGCCAAAUCAACCAAAGGAGUCAGCCUCAACAGCCUUCUCCUCGAGUUGAUAGGGUACCUUGUUUUCGUCGCGUACCAGAUGUACUACGAUUACCCACCACCAACGUAUCUCGAAUACCCGAUCCUCAUUGCCCAAGAUGCCAUGCUCCUUCUGUUGAUUCUUCACUACAACGGCGAUCUGCGACAGAGUUUUGGCUAUGCAUUCGUGUUCAUCGUGGGCUGGAAGCUCAUCACUGUGCAGAAGUGGAUCAUAGACUUAGCCAUGAGUCUGUGCACAUUCAUCAGUGCAGGCAGUAAGUUUGCCCAGCUGCAGUGCUUAUGGAGAACUAAGGACUCCAACCAGGUCAGCGCCCUGUCUUGGUCCCUGGCCAUCUACACAACUCUGACGAGGAUCUACACCACUGUCAUGACCACUGGGGAUACGCAGGUGUUGGUGCGCUUCGUGGUCAUGGGGCUGCUGAAUAUAUGGGUGCUGGCCACGGUGCUCCACUACAGGAAAAAGGACGGCAGUAAUAGUAGCAGCAGCACUAAGAAGGAAGACUAGGGGGGGGUGGGGGUAUACUUUUAAGUAUCAACUUAAAAGUAUCAACUUUUGAAGUUGAUACUUCCCUGAAGCCGACCAGGUUGUCCAUGCCUGAGACCUGUAUUGUAUCCUUGUCUUCCACUGUUACCAAAACGACUGGUGGAACAUGAAUGUAUCCUACAAUACAAACAUUUCUCUCUUUAGUAUUUCGUAGUACAAGUAUUAUAUCCACACACGGAACCUUCAAACAAGAGAUUUGAGAAAUGCAAUAUUAAGAGGUGCUGUGACCAAAUAUUACAUCUUCAGGUGAUGCAGAUGUACUGUAUUUUUGAGCCAUGUUUUUAUUCCAUAAAUGAUAUUUCAAUAAAACAGACCAACAAUAAACCAGACUAGAAUAUU